UGGUAGACCGAUAUUGGAUGACGAACCGUAUUACGUAACUCGUUGAUUUACAUCCUAAAUUUUGGCUCGGCCGUUUUCUUCCUUUUAACAAUCAUUUUCAUAAUUCCGUCCACUCGAAAACGACACCCCACAUUGGCACUGGGGACUGGGACCGCUACUCGUGUUUGCGCCUUCCGUGUAAGCCAUUUCGUACCUAGCGAUUGCCUAAAGAAGCGAAAAAUUAUUCCUUCUUUACGCAUUCAUAGUGGCGUCCUCAUAAUUCAUGUCUCGUCGUCCUUGACUUGGGAGAUCGCAUUUCCGAGAUCAAUUCUUGGGACUGGUUAGGAAGGUGAGCCACAGCUCGAAUUCACAACCGUUACAAUUACAAAAUACAUGCAUGUGAUUUCCAACUUCCAGCCUUUUUCAACCUUCAAUCCAACAUUGCCAUCGCAACCUAUGAUCCCCAGCAGAUCCUGCGCACUGUUUCUGGGUCGAGGUUACAAGCAAUAAAUGCGCAACAAAAAAACAAACAGAAGAAUCAAUCAAUAAUAAGUACAAACUCGAGUUCGGGGAAAAAACAAUAUCAGCAAAAAACCAGGCGAUAUUGCAACCUAUUUCAAAGCAAUUUCACCUUGUCACUUACACCCCCCUUCUUGAGAUACUCCCUUAUAAUCAUGCGCAUGCAUCACUCACCUCAUUAAACAUUCCUCACCAUCACUGGGAGCGCGCCCCCGCUUAGAGGGCCAGGUUAACAACCAUGCCUAGAGACGAUCUCUCCAUAGACUUCGUGAAAAAGAUGGCGCCCUCCGCCGAGGCCCAAGACCCGGCCGCCAUCCUCGAAGACUUCAUCUACCGAACUGCCAACCUGCCCGAGGAGCUACGCUUCUACCAAGAUGAGAUCGCCUACAAAGACCGUCAAUUCAACGAACACGUUAAGACUAUCGAAGACUGCGACGCUAAGAUCCAACGCUGGAUUCGACUGAACGGCAGCCACGCGCCCUUCCCUCGCGAGCAGGCACUGCGCGAGACCAUCCGCGACAACUAUGACAAGGCCGACAAGCUCGCAGAGGAGAAGAUUGCUCUGGCGCAUAAGGCUAAGGUUCUUAUCGACAAGCAUCUUCGGCAUCUCGACUUGCAGAUCAAGCAGUUAGGUGAUCGAGGCGAGCCCGGCUUCACCGACCCUGAUGAACUACCCUCCACCGUACGACCCAGCGCCGCGAACAACAGCAACCCCAAUCUUCGAGGACUCACUGUGUCAACGUCUAAUAUCACGCCGCUCAUUCCCAUCUCGACCAACGCAACCCCGACAAACUCGCGAGCUACCAAUCCCCAGAUCCGAACAACGCAAUCACAAACGCAUAUCUCUAACUCAGCACCCACGUCCCCCGCCGCGAGCAUGAUCAUGAGCAACCGUAACCAGCGCGAGUCCUCUGCUGGACCUGGAAGUGGUGUCCCCAAGAGAGGCCCACGGGUGAGUUCUGGUCUGGGCAGUCUGCCCACGGCAUCGAGUGGGUUGGCUCGGCAUUCUUCUCUCGGUCCAGGGACACCCAAGGCGGGAACACCAGGAGCAACGGUCAGGGCUGGUAGCGCAGGGCCCCGGGCUAGUUCUAAGGCAGGAAGCGUAGGUGCCGGCAGAAGAGGCACACCAUCGGCAGGAAUCAGUCGUAAGAAACCACCAAACUCGAAAUCGACGCUAUCGCGCGUGAGGCGCGCAGGCAUAUCAAAGGGAUCCCCGGCAUCGACAGCAGACAGCGAGCUUUCCGACGCAGAAUCUGUUCGAUCGUCGCGCGCCGGAUCUCGAGCCGGCAGCGGGACGCCUGUUCCCCGCCCUCACGUACAUAAACACCACCGCACCCACACUCACGGAGGAGGAGGAGGAGGAGAGGGAGAUGAAGAGAUGCCGGAUCGGGGGUCCGCGUCGGCGGGUUCCGGGGCGUCGGACGACGAGGAAGACGAGGAAGGGAAGAAGUAUUGCCUCUGCCAGCACGUGUCAUACGGCGACAUGGUAGCCUGCGACAAUAACGCGUGUCCCUACGAGUGGUUCCACUGGACGUGCGUGGGCCUCAAGUCGGAGCCGGAGGGCCGCUGGUACUGUCCUGCUUGCACCGAGGCUAUGAAGAAGAAGGGGAAGUGAAGUUGUUUGUUUUUUGGCGUUUUCUUUUCUUGGAACGAUGAUACCAGAUUGGAGGAAGAUGGCGAUUUUAUUGCCCUUGGAUGAGGCUUAGGACUUACUACCGAACUCACACAACCCUUGAUAACUACGCCACUCGGAUCUCGCACAUACUACGUACUAUCGAAGUUUUCAGCCUCAAGUGUCAACUAGUUUCCGGUCACUAAUUCGAUACACUCGAAGGCUAUCGAGCUUAAAAAUGCCACACUACAACCAAUCAAACCCCUUGAAAACUCUGUCUUGGCCGGCAUAAAUUGCCAUUUUGGAGGAUAGGAAGGAGACGUGGGGUGAUCCGAGAAGUGAAAAGUGGUAUGCAGACGAUAUGGGGGCGUAUGUGGUGAGCAUGUCAAUGACGGGAUAGUUACAAGUCUUCCUAGUCAGCAAGAUAGGAAGAUAUCCAUACUCAACCGCCACAUAUCGAGUGUCCCAAGAAACCUCAAGCCUUGAAGGGAUCAGGUCCAUGUAAAGCACUCAACCUCCACAAUUCUCUAGGUAGUCACAUCACACGCCGUUACUGAGAGUCCUCAAAAGCAAUGAAAUCUCGUCCGA